UGCUGCUAGCAUCUCAUAAUUAUAAAACACCCCUUUUAAAUAGAGAUAAACUAAAUAUUUAAAUAAAGAAAUUUAUUGUGCAAAAAUGUUGAAAAAAUUUAAAAUUUUAAUCUUAAUAUUAAUAUUAAAUAUUAUAACGAAUCAAGAAGCCUUAGCGGCAAAAAGUGAAAACACCAACAAUCAUGAUGCCGUUUGGGGAGCACGUAGCCAACGAGAUGUGCAUCUAAGUCGACAAAUUGUUAUGGACAAGGCCAAGACCAUGCGUAUCAUAAGUGGAGAUUAUGAAUAUAGACCAAAGCCCACGGAUUUGCAUUAUGGCAAGACAAUUACUCAAAUACAGGUGACCGAUCAAUAUAAAAAUGGCAAUGGCGGCUAUGCCACCUUAAAGGAUGGAGGCCCCAGCACCAAUUAUGCUGUCAUUCAUUUAAAAUCUCAACGCAAUCAUGGCUAUAAUUUCAUUAUUGACAUUUAUGGUCAAUGAGUGUGUUGUAUUUAGUUAAUUAAUGUGCGAUAAAUUAAAUAAAAUACGCCAAAAAUAUUUAUUUACUCUUGUUAUAAAAUAGCAUUUAUUACAGACUUUUAAUUAAAAUUGUUAAAUAAAUAGUUUCAUGCCAAAGUUAAAUGCAAAAACAAACACAAA